UCAACUCAUAUCAAGUUCCACGAGUGUGGGCCAAUAAAACUGAAGAGUCCCCACUAAUCCAUGCCUUUGAUUUCGCAAGCACUGUAACUCAUAUACAACGUUAAUAAAUGCAUCCACUCACAUAUUGCAACAAUCAAAUUCAAAACAAUGGUAGUGGCGGAAGAUUAUUCUUUCAAAAAACCAGGAUCAGUUCCAUUCAAAUGGGAAAUCAAACCAGGACUCCCCAUUCCUCACCAUCAUCAUCAAAACCCGGAAUCUCCCUCAUUCAAGCUCAAACCUCCGCCACAACUCGGAUCCUACAAGUUAUCUCCGGUGGAGCCCCGUACACGCUCCUUCCGGUCAAGUCCUAAGGUCGGGUCUGAACGAUGGCGGUUUGAACGGCCUCUUCUUGCACAACCAGAGUGCGUGACUUCGUCAGGUUGUUUCUUCUCGCCUUUUCUGAAGCGUUUACGGAGCAGGAAGAAGGUUGUGAAGAAAGUGGUCGAACCUGAUUAUACAUUGGAACUGGAGACAAUUGGCAGGUGGUCGUUUUCUUCGUCUACUACUAAGUCCUUAUCACCGUUCCGGCGGCCUUCAACGGUGUCGUCUUCUGUUGCGUCGUCGCCACAACCGCAGCCCGUUGGUGAUGCUGAAUGGGCUGGGUUCGGUCUUUUCUGAACCAAUAGUUUGGUUUUCAAGUUAUCUUGUUUUUGGGUUAGAGUUUGUGGGGAAAGGAUGAAGAAAACAUAUAUAGUUUUAAAAUAGGGUUUUUGUAGGUUUCCCUUCGAAGGGAAUUGUCGGUAAUUUAUCGAUCAUCUUUAUGCAAAUUAUCCACGUAAUUCAAUUUGUAAGUGAAUUAUUAAUUACCUUGCGAGUAAUAGUAAAUAUUUUAGUCCA